CACGAAGUCACAAAAAAUUUACAUUUGACUUAUUGCUUCAUGUCACAUAGCUGUAAUUGGAUAAAAAUUGUAUCAAUUCUAAAGUUAUCUGUUUACUGUGGUGAAAAAGUGUAAAACUAAAUGUUUUAUUGAAAAUCUAAAGAAAUGAAUAUCAGUGAACUAUUAAUCAUGUAAAUGCUUUAUCUUUUUGUUAUAUACGUAUAUUUGCAAGAUCAACAAUGAAUACUGUAAACGGAAUAAUAUACACAUUUUCAUCCAGCAACUCCUCGACUACGGCUGACGAGGGUUGUAUGUUAGUGAAUACGUCCCAGAAUGUUAUUAUAACCGGGGCUUACAACGGAAUACCACAAACUUUAAUCCUUAACGUGAUAUCGUGGUCGUGUCUCAUCGCUUUGUUCACUAUACUGCGACGUACAGCUUGGAACUAUGGGCGCAUGGCACUAGUUCAGCGUUCAAGAAAUCGUUGGACUAAUUUAUUCUACCGUGGUGCCGACGGGGACUCGCUCGUCGAAAGGAGGCGAAGUCAGGACGAGGCUUCAACCAUCGACGAAGGAUUCUUUGCGUGGCUGCCGGCCGUCUUCCGCGUCACGCGCGAGCAGGUUCUUGCGAAAUGCGGCCCGGACGCGGUCCACUACCUCUCGUUCCAAAGACAUGCAAUAACACUAAUGUUUAUUGUUACAAUUGUGUCUAUUGGGAUCAUAUUGCCUAUUAACUUUCAGGGGACAAACUUACAAGUUGAUGCAAAUACUUUUAGUAGAACAACUUUGUCAAAUUUAAAUGGAAGGUCUUUAUGGCUUUGGGCACAUACAUUGAUAAGUAUUUGUUUUUUGCCAAUUUCCGUGUUAAUCAUGAGAAGAUGCACUGGGCGCAAACCCGUCCCUACCUCCAUGACUGGAACUGUUAUGAUAACCAAUAUAUCUAGAGGUGAUAGAAAUGAGGCAACUAUCAGAGCAUACUUCACACACAACUUCCCACAUAUCCAAAUAGUUGAUUUACGUCUGGCUUACAACAUCAACAAGCUUAAUGAAGUUCAAGAGAAGAAGGAAAUGGUCACAGAAGCCCUCAUCUACACCGAUACAUAUUACAAAAAGACUGGAAAAAGAAUAACUGUUAGGAAGGAACUAUGUGGUCCUGAGGUUGAUGCAUUGGAGUACUACACAAAUGAAGAAAAGCGUCUCAAGGAUGAAGCUAAAAGGUGUCGUGCUAUGGUUCUUAAUGAUCCACUUGGGAUUGCAUUCCUGACUCUACCAUCAUAUCAGCUAGCUGAACAUGUUAUUAACAACUUUAAUUUGCACCGUGGCUGGGUGCUAACACAUGCUACAAAUCCUUCUGACAUUGUGUGGGAGAACCUGAGUGUACAACCCAGCGUCUGGUAUGUUAAAGCUAUAAUUGUCAAUGUUGCCUUAUUCAUAGUUCUAUUCUUCCUCACAACACCAGCUAUUAUAGUCAAUCUAUUCAACACAUUGGUAGUUAAACCUGACUCUUUGAAUAGAAUAAGCAGUAUCAUAUUUGAAUUUCUUCCGACCCUGUUGCUAUGGACGAUGGCUGCAGUGAUGCCGGCGAUCGUAGGCUUUACAGAUAAAUUCCUAUCGCACUGGACCAAAUCUCAACAGAACUACUCGAUAAUGACGAAAACUGUGUCAUUCUUGCUACUCAUGACCUUGAUAUUACCAUCUCUAGGAUUAGCCAGUGCUGAGGCUUUCGUUGCGUGGACGUUACACCACGAGAAUGAUACGAUGCGAUGGGAUUGCGUAUUUUUACCAGACAAGGGCGCCUUUUUCGUGAAUUACGUCAUUACGUCAGGCUUUAUAGGUACUGCAUUAGAAUUGAUUCGCUUCCCUGAGUUGUUCUUAUAUGUGUGGUAUCUCUUGCAGUCAAAGUCGAAAGCUGAAAAGAGUUAUGUUAAAAAAGCGAUCCUCUACGAGUUUCCAUUUGGUGUGCAUUACGCAUGGAGUUUGGCUAUUAUAUCUAUCACAAUAGUUUACAGUCUGGCGUGUCCAUUGAUUUCCCCUUUUGGUCUGGUGUACCUGCUGUUGAAGCACAUAGGUGACAAACACAACUUAUACUUUGCUUAUGGGCCAAGCGACAUGAGCGGGGUCGGAGGCGGGCGGAUUCACGCGGCGGCCGUGAGGAUGGUACGAGUAUCCGUCUUACUGUUACUCGUGAAUAUGGCGGCGUGGGCGGGUCUGAGGUCGGGUUUCGAGGCGCGAACUAUAAUUCUCAUUAUGGCAUCGAUUGUUGCAUUCGGUACCUUCCUAUUGCUCAGUCCGUUCCCGAGCUGCACGCCACCGGCGCCGCUGCAAGCGGAGACGAGUGUGCGUUUCCAGGAGUACGUGGCUCCCGUUCUAUUGAAACCGGUCGACUCUACCCCGGUGUCGACUCCCUCCACCCCAGAUUACGGCGCUAAUUCGCCUGUCACUAAUCCUACUUACAACCCCGACCCUAUAAACAUAUAAAUCAUGAAUUUAGCUACAUUAAUAAUUAUAAUGAUAUCAUUCAAAUGUCACACAAAACUAACAAUAUUGACGCGAUAAGAUUCACCAACGUUGAUAUUGAUUGAAAAUGAGUAUUAUUGUGAUGUGUACUUUGUAAAUAAAAAAUGUAAUAUUUUUAUAUUAGAUAUAAUUUAGUCAUUUUACUGUGCAUUAGAUAAUAUCACUUCUCGCAUCUAUUCUUUAAAUUAAUUCGAUAUUGUCAUAUCAAUUUGAGCUGUCCAUUAAUACGACCAAAAUUCGUAAUACGUAUUUUUUCACUGUCUUGUAAGUUUCUAGCACCUGUUAAAACAUGGAUUGGAACAAAGAACAUGACAAGAUAUCAAUAUAGUUUAUUAAAAAUAAAUCGUAAUAUAAGAUACUUGUCUUAUAUUUGCUUUGAAACAAAUUUAAAAAGGAAUGCAUGAAAAUUAACUGUGAACAAUUUACUAUACCUAGUUUAUAUUUAUUUGAAAUGAAAUUUUAUUUACACAACUCUACAGUUUAGUUUUUAGACUCUAAUUAAUAAAUAUAUUUAUGUUAUAAUUUAUUAGUACUUUUUGCACUUUUAACAAAUACCUUUAUUUGUAACGAACUUGCUUUAUGUUUGAUAUGACAUUGAUUUAGUUUGAACAAAUAGUACCUUAACAUAGUGUCCAUAAAGUAACUUUCAUUGCUGUACCUGUUUCCUGAAUCCGCAUUUCGUCCGAUGAGUGUUUGCCGGAGGCUUAAUUUCAUAUCCCUUCUCACCCUUUUCAUAUAAGGGAAAGUGGCUUUACGGAGGUGAGAACGCAUAUGAAGGGGAAAUAUUCUUUUCUACGCAUCGCGUCCUGCGUUAACUAAAGGUAGGCAACGCAAUUGCAAUUGCGGAUGUUUUUGGGGAGCGGUAUCUACGCAAUAAAAAGUGGUAUAUUUUAAAUUUCGGCAGUAAAUAUUGAGCUAAUUAGGUAUGUUUAUUCAAUUAUUGUUUGCGUUAUUGUUGUAGAGAAAUGCAAGUAAAAAUAUGCAAUAACUUUAUGGAAUUGUUAUAAAAACGAACUAUAAUAACUAGGCACUUUCUUUUUGCAACUACGUUUGCCGUUUGUCUGUGAUUUGUUGCUUAAUUUUUAUUUUUUAUAUAACUUAUGUACCUUUUAUUAUAUUACGAAUUGUUGUAAUUGAUUUUUUGUGUACAGAUAUUAUAUUGAAUCAAUGUUUGUCCUUUCGCCUAUGUAUAUAUUAACGGUCCAAUUACUUGGUUAUCACUGACUCGAUGUACGUUUUAGUUCUGCGAUAAUUUUAUCAAAUAUAUGACGUACGAAUUUGCA